AUGGUAUAUUCCAAAGAGUACAAGCAAAAGAUUGCCUUUGAAUAUCCUUGCUACAUCUGUGGUAGUGUUCUUAGCAAGGCAAGGCAAACUAUCAAUCACCUUGAAAACAUUCAUGGCUACAAGAUCAAUGGUCGCUCUGUAGGUCGCAGACGACCUGAAAACCCUAACUUUGUCUAUAUUAAUGACCCUAAGAAGAGAACCGACUUUGAAGUUUACCAUUGCUCAUGCCCCUCCUGCUGGUUCCAUUGUUCUUGUGACGAAAAUGCUCUCACCGCCCUCGCUAACCAUAUCAAUGAAUUUCAUAACCCUCAAAAUGUGGACCCUGGCAAGAAUGAGAAUGGUCUUAUCAGAGCUCCUCAAGUCAAUUAUGUUUCCAGAAGCAAGAUCUUACCUGUAGAUAGCGAUGGCGAAGAGACAGAUGGAUUGGAGAGUGAAGAGGAGGAGGAGACAAACAAGCAGCCACCGAAAACCAAAGCCAAAGCUCAGCCCAAGAACAAGAAGAAGGAUACGAAUCAAUUGGGUAUUAAUGACAUCUAUCAAAGAGUGGUCGACCUUACUGAAAUGUUCAAAGCCCUCAUGAACAACGACAACAACAAACAACAAGGCUAG